AUGCAGGAUAUUAUAGAUAAUCAAGACUACCCCACUGUUUAAGAACGGAAUUCAUAGUUAGGAGCCACUCUUAACAAUUUAAUGGAUGAUGACGAAAUCCAGAAGAAUUUAGCAAUGGUCAAUAGCUAAUUUGACUUCAAUGACUUCAUAAGUGAACAAGACCUGGCUGUGGGUGAAGAUUAGGAUUAAAGUAUUCUAGAUGAUCUUGUACUUCGCUGUGCAAAGAAGAAUCUGUGCUUUGAACUUGAGUACAUUCAGACUGUCUUCUAAAGUCUGAAUGUGAGAGCCUCUACAAAAUUCAAUGAAUUUAGUCAGCAGCUAUAUGAAGAAAGAAAGAUUAGCGACAUGAAAGAUACUGAUCUCUUUACCAAAGUAACAGACGAUAAAGGCAAAAACUCUAAUAAGAUGGAAAAAAGCAGGGGUGCUCAGAUUAAUUUUGUAGAUUAGCAAAAAUCUAGAGAUAAGGAGAUAAAGGAAUUCCUAGAAAAAAUUUACAAUGUGCUGAUCUCAAUGAAAAAUGAAUACCUCAAGCAUGACUCUGGCAAAGAACGCAAAUAGGUGCGAAAAGCUUUGAAAGCUAUGUCUUGUCAUCUAGAGCGCACAAGAUAAUACUUGGAUAACUAUAUCUACCCAAGAGAUCUAUCGCUUAACCUCAUUGAUGUUCAAAUUGAGAGUUCCUUAUAAGAAAGAAAGAAGGCAAUGCAUUUAACCGAGAGACUAUACUCUAUAGUUUAUAAGGAUUUCUUCACAGUUUACGAUAAAUGUGUUGAAUUAAGCAAGAAGAUCAAACAAAUGGAGGGCCAAGAUGUAGAAAAAAUAAACUAAUAACACUAAAAUGAGUCUAGAAUGUCUAUUGCUCUCCAUAAUGAAAUUGAGGGCUAGAGUGAUGAUUAAAGCUAGAUUGAAACCCAAACUAUUGUUUCAGAAAAUAAAACAACGAGAGAUGUAGAUGAGGUGAGAAAAAACUUUCUAAGGAAUACUCUCGGUGUGAAGAAAGAGGGGAUGCUUAAAUUGGUGAAGAACUUUUGUCCAUCACUUUGUGCAACUACCAACUUUGACUUGGAUGAGAUGCUAGAUAAAGAGUUUUCACUGAUAUUCUCUAUAAAGUGUAUAAAUAUCUCAAAUCAUGAAAUAUUCCUCACUAUGUACCAGGAAAAUGGACAGCCAUACUCUCUUACUGCAUUUAUGGAUGCCAGUAGGAUUCUAAACGGCUAGCAAGCUGAAUAUGUAUUCCUCAACAUAUCAAUGCGCUCUCUACUUAGUAAUAAUCUUGCCAUCAUUGUGAAUGUCGUGGAGAAAAGAAGGUCAAAAUCUUAAUCUCUCACUCACAAUCUACUGAGCACUAAUGACGAAUUCAAUACUCACAAAGUUUACAAAGGCUAUACGAUUCUACCUCUUUCCAGAUUGUUUUGGGCGCAGUAACUUAAAUUUAGACAAAUCUUUGAGAUUAAAGAAGCAAUGUUCUACAAGCAAUCUAAUACAUUCAAGAUUGAAGAUAGAUAUGCAACUCUCAUUGACAAGAGAGCUUUUAAGAAAUACAGAGAUCCUAAUCUUGCCAAAUUAAUCAAUUUAUGCUAUACCUAUAGAAUGGAGUCUAAAAUAGAUGAAAACGCACUUGAUAGAAAUGGUGCUAUGUUUAUCAACCGAAUUAACUUUGAUUAAAGAGAUUUCAGUCAGAGAGGCAAAGACUAAGUCAAAAUAUACAAGUCAAAGGAGAAAUAUAGGUUCAAUGACAUUAGGAUUGACUUGAAUAAUAUUGCAUUUUUCGAUUGUGUGUCCAAGAAAAGCCCUAUCUAUAGAAUAUAAAUUGCCUUGAGAGAUAACUAUGGAGUAGUAUAUGACACCAUUUACAAGUCAAUGUGUGACAAUAAAUUUGAGUUCACUCAGACCUAUGAGUCAUUGAUUUACCCUAAUCAAGAGGACAGCCAAAUGCAUGAGUCAUUCUUCGUCAGAAUUCCAACUAAAUCACUUGAAACCCUGAAAAAGUUAUACUUGAUUUUCUUGGUUUAAACAUUAGUUACCAAUAAGGAUUCUAAAGGAAAUAAGAUUAAAACGAAAUUCAAAACUGACAUAUUUGGAGUAUUACCUCUAUAUGAUGGAUUGAAGGACUGUAUAUUAAAGAAUGAUAGCUACAUCCUCACUAUGUGGUAAAUGGACGAGAUUCUGUUCAGAGAAUUUGUUAAGUUUGAUCACUGCAAGAACUUUAAGCUUACUGAUGACAAGAUGAGAGUCACAGUCAAGAUCAUCUCAAAUGAGUUUACUCACAACAGAUUCAUAAAUAAUCUGAUGCUUUUAUAAGAGAGUAAUAGCAACUCUUCAGAUUACGUAAGAAUUAUCAACGAGCUCAAAGUUACCUCCUCAGAUGAAUUGGUGUUGUAUCAUGAUAAGAUCUUGGAUAAGCUGUUCCUAAUAAUGAAUUUCUCCAAGAGCCCCAAUAUCCAAGACCUUGUCUUUGAGACCAUUAUUUAGAUCAUCUAGUUGUUCUAAAAUGAAUAUAAGGAUUAUAAAGACUUUCUUGACUAGUACAUUGAGAAACAUUUUGCACACUCAAAGGUUUACAUCCCAUUGCUUCAUUAGAUUAGACAAACCUCCGAGAUUAUUAAGCAAGGUCUCCACAAUGAUAAUCAGAUCUAGAAUGAAGAUGUGAUUCUGGCAACAAUGAAGUACUUAAAUGUGGUUCUUAAACUGAUCAAAAUUUCCUUCUAAGAAGAACAGUAGUGCUAGGACUCUUAGCCACAUACUGCAGAGCCAAAAUACAACGAUAGAUUUGGUGAUCUACUAGAUCUUGAAGAAUGUGAUUAGCAAGCGAUGAAAGCUAAUACACUCUGUGAUAAAUCACCAUUCUAUCAGAAAUCUAUGGGGAAUUACGAUAAGUAUACUAAGAUUAAAGACAGCAUAAUUCACGAGGACGAUGAGGAUGAUGAGUCAGACAAUGACGAAGAUGGGAAUGGAGGAGCUAUUCAAUAUCUAGAUCCUGCUUCAAAUAAGACCUAUAAUGCUUCAGCUGCUGCUAAAAUAAGUAUGAUGAGAAAGAAAGCUAUUAGGAAUACUAUUCAACAAGAAGGAUUGCUAAAGAAAUUCGAACUUAGCAAAAGGGAAUUUGGAACCUUUAUGCAAAAAUGUAUCAUUUCCAUAUUUGAGGGUUGUCACAAAGAUGCUAUGAAGUCUACUCUUUCUCUUAGAGCAUUGCUUUAUGAAGUAACUUAAGUUAACUUAUUUUUUCUAAAGAACAUUACUGAGAUUUUUGACUAGAUUACUGAAUUCAUGGAUGAAAAAUUCUUGUCAUAAAUACUGAUAUUCCUUUACGAAGAGCAAUCCUAUCAGUUCAGGCUUGGCUUGAAAAAUCCAGCCAACAAGAGAGGAGAUUCAAACAGAAGUGUUUCGCCAUUUUCCAACCAGAGAUCCUCAACCUACCAAGAGAACAGCAAUUCAAGGACAAUCAGUCAAUAGUCUAAUAUGAUUACAGCUCCUUAGAUCAUAAAUAGCAAAAAGACCCAGAAUAGAGGCAGUGAAUUGAUUGAAGAUUACGUCACAAAUAAGAACUUCAUUGUGGGUCUCAAGGAUUUGAGUUUCAUUAAUGAGGAGUACAUAUCGAAGCUAAAGAUCGUAGCUAUGGGCAAAAUCUUGGCUAAUGGCCUGUUUGACAAAGUACCAGGCAACUCGAACAAACUCAUUAAGGCAUUCUGUUAGAACAUUGAAGCUCAUCAUAUGAAGAGAGAGGAGAUGAGUCUGCAUGUAUUCUACUUCCUUCAUCAGCUGUUUGUUUAUCUCAAGCACGGCGAUGACUAUCAAGAAAGCUCAUAUGUGUCCAAGCACGCAUCUUAAAAGCUUAGGAUAUUCUCCAAAUCAAAUCUUGAUCUAAAAGACUUCUUUACUAAGAUACUACCAGACUUGCUGACUUACUUAAGAGGGUUUUAUAAGCAGAGCAAUAUUAAUUACAAACUAAAAGAGUCCAAAGAUUUAGAAGAAACUCUCUAUCCAUUCAGAGAGAAAAGUGCUUUGGUUUUAUUGAGUGUAGCAAACUCCAUAUCAAAAGAGCACAUUAAGUAAUUCAUCUUUAAUGAACCUAAAAAGCUAGCUAACUUGAUGGUCAACCUCAAGAAACUGGUAAAAAAGAUUUCAUUUUAAGAUCCUUAUGGAGUGUACUUCGAGAAAAAGAAGAAUCAGGUCUUUAGAAAGAUAAAUGAGUAUGUGAUCAGUAUCUUUAUGGACGUGGACCCUGAAACAUUAACCCCUGAGUAUCACUAAGUAAUUAACAAAUGCCGCAUGAUUCAGAUCUUCCUCUGGUGCAAGCUUGCUUAGAUUAAACAAGACUAUAAGAAGACUAUCAGGUCUAAGACCCUGGUCAAGGAUUAGCUGAAAGUCCAUAAGAGCAAAAUGCUCGAAAUCUUUAAGGCUUUUUGGAACAAGUAUAAAAAUGUGGGAUAGCCUUGGCUGGGACUUCGCUACCUUAACAAAGUCAUGCAGAACUUCCUAAAACUGGGAUAGAUGAGAACCAUCAAAGUUUACAUGGGAAUGAUAUCGGACAUCAUUUAGAUAGAGUAUACUAACACCUAGGACAUUUUUCACUCCAGUAACAGUUUGUUCCAAGUCUUUAAUGACUUAAACCUGGAGGAAAGUAGAGAGGAAUUCUGCAAAUAGUUUUAUAAGUGCUUUGAGCAGGAGAUUACUAACACAGUGCUAUAUGCUAAUGACAAUCAGUUCUUAAAGAUUGUAGACCAAAGAUUGGAUCAGAUGCAAAAGCUCUCAGAGGCAUUACAGAAUGUCACCUACUCGAAUCACACUCUGAAUAAUAAUCAGUUCUAUAAGGUAUUCUGUCAAGCUAAGCUCAUGGAAGUGUUCUGGGAACUCAAGCUAUUUAGACUCUUCAACUAAAACAAAGAAUAGUUUAAGAGAUUGCAUGAAAAACUCAACAACUUCUCUGAAAUGGCAUUCACAGACCUUAGAUUCUUAUAGAUCAUCCAGUAAAGCGAGGAAGACUACCUCCAAAUUGGAGAGAGAAAAAUUAAGACAUACAUUGAGAUUGACUUAAUGAAAUCAAUCAAAGAAAAUCUGAAGAAAGCUGAACUCUAUGUGAAAUCUAUUGAUGUGUUAAAUCAAAUGAAAGACCUCUUUGAGAAUGUUAUUUAUGACUUCGAUGCUGUCAGCAGAAUAUUGAAGGAGUAGGCGUAGAUCUACAAAGAAAUGUCUAUCAACCCUAACAGGCAUUACGCUUGCUAUUUUAAGAUUGGUUUCUUCGGUUAAAGUUUCCCUAGUAUGCUUAAGAAUCAGGAAUUCAUUUAUAGAGGAGGCAAACUCGUUAAGAGAAUCGAGAUUAUUGAUAAGAUCAGAGAUCACUUUACUGAUGCAAUAAUCAUCAACGAUGGUUAGUAUCCCAAGGAUAGUGUGAUCAAUGGAGCACAGAAGUAUCUUCAGAUCACUCCAGUCAUCCCACUUACCUACAGAGAAUUAAAGGACUUCAGUCUCGACUAAAAGUCAAAGGAUUAUGACGAGUUAGCUCUUGCCUAGAAGUGCAAAGACUUACCUGAAAUCCUGAGAAAUUACUACACUUAAAAUUUCAAGAAUAGGUUUUAUAAAGAGACAGUGAUUCCAAGCAAGUAAGGAGAUGAGCUUUAGUCUGACAUUUAGAUUGAGAUAUUCAAGGUUAGAGAUAAAUUCCCUACCAUUAUCAACAUGCAAAGCAUAAUCAAAACCAAGAAGAUUACUCUGAAUGCUAUUGAUAAGGCUGUUAGAUUUGUCUAAGAACACAUUGAUAAAAUUGACACUCUUAGAAAGAAUGCUUAAAACCAAAGCAAUCAGGAGGAAGCUGAACUUGAGCUGAUGUCCUCACAUAUCAGGGCUACUCUUGAAUCACCUAUUCAAGGAGGCAUUCAGAGAUAUAUCAAUGCAUUCGUCACUGAGUAAUAUCUACACUCACCCACUGAUAGACCUAAAGUUCUUUUGUUGUUUAAAAAGAUGGAGGAUUGUAGCAAGGUGCUGAAUGAUGCAAUUCAGCUUUAUGCCUAAAAGAGCAAUAAUGACUUCAUUCAGACCAAGAUGAGUGGUGAUUACGGAAAAUUCAAAGAGCAAAUGGCUGAUAUUAGAGCCUAUAUCGACGGCACUGAAGUCAAGUAAUCUGUGGUCUAACAAUGA